UCCACCCCCGGCCGGCAAAUUAGAAACAUCUUUCGCCUAAACCUUUACGAUAAUAUCUAUGCCGCCAAUGCCAGCGAACCGAGGCCCUCAAGGCCCCUCCACAGUGGACAAACUGAAGAUGGGUGCUAUGAUGGGUGGUACCGUCGGUGUUAUUAUAGGUUUCAUCUUUGGAACUGUCAACAUCUUUAGAUACGGCGCCGGCACGAACGGUAUAAUGCGAACAUUGGGACAAUACAUGUUAGGAUCUGGUGCUACGUUUGGCUUUUUCAUGUCGAUUGGUAGUGUUAUCAGAACCGAUGCGUCCCCCAUUGCGGUCGAAGCAUUUGCCCGAGCCCAACGGCGGCCAUUCAUCAUGGAUUCGAAAUCCGGCGCAUACCGACCACGAAGCCAAUAGCUCUCCGCUCCUACUAUACGAUCAUGCCAGAAUACAUACAAAAGCAUAAUAAUGGCCAGGCCUCGCUGACUCCACUCCCACCAAGUUUAUAAGUCCGGAGGGGAUGGGUAUACUAUUUAAACGAACACAGGUCGUUUAGGAAUGUUCGUCAUCAUGCACCAACGAUCAACUGGAUAAAAGCUACGAUUUCGCCGUACAUCGCACAGCCAGGACCGCCAAUGCACAUUGCACGAAUCAGCAAGUUGUACUAUAUUGACUACUUGUAUAUAAGCUAAUACUAUGGACCCGGUGAGACGAAUGCUGUCAAGCAGUGCUCUCUGCUGCGGCUACGACAAUAAAAAGCAACUAUAUCUCCACCACUUUAGCAUACGAUGCACCCACAAACGGGAAUAAGUCCUGAACAGCAUUUU